AGAUGAUCUAAUUAGUCUUUCCGCGUCAGCCUUUCCGCAGCAAACUUAUUUUCCACAAGGCUGACUCAUGUAUCAGACAUUUGAUGUCACCACACGAUAUCAGAGACAAAUGUUGUAUCAUGCCUAUGUGUAGCGACAUUAUUGGACAUCGUACCCGUUGUUUAACACUUUGAAGGUCGGCCAUAGUAAAGUAUUUUCAUCAGAAAUGAAGAUUGGCGAACUGCGACCAGAACAGUCGGCGACGGUUGAAGCUUUAGUGCGUGAACUACAAAACUUGGAUAGCAGUGCAUUUCCUGCUUUGUACUCUUUGGCAGAAAAUGAACUCUUCCGUCUGCGUGGCGGCAUUGCGGACUCAUUUGACUUGGUCAGCAACAAACCUGUAAAAGUGAGGGCAAAAAUAGAAAUUCCUCAGGCACAAUAUCCUGCUAUUAAUUUCGUUGGGAAACUUCUUGGUCCGGGAGGUCAGACACUGAGAGCAGUGCAAGAAACCACCAAAACAAAAAUGGCGAUCUUAGGUGCUGGCAGUCUAAGAGAUGACGCUAAGGAAAAGCAGCUCCUUUCCAAUGGUGAUCCGAAAUAUCAGCACCUCAAGCAAAAGCUGCACCUUCAAGUUGAUAGUUUAGGUCCACCCUCGGAAUCAUGUUAUCGGUUAGCCCAUGCAUUAGCGGAAGUAAGGAAAAUCAUGCUACCAGAGCAAACAGAACCCACAGCUCAACAGUGGGUCCAGCAAAAUCAGCCUUUGCCCGUGGCCGGAAGGAAUGUUUCCGUCAGAAAUAUCCGUCCCCCUUUGCGCGGUCCGCCACCACCACCACUUCAAGCUCCCUUCGCUGCACCUCCAGUGCAGCUUCCUUUCCGUGGUCGAGGUAAGCCUUGGAUAGGCAGAGGUGUUGCCAAGAACGGUGUUGCUAUCCAACCACCAGUUCCUGUUGCUUCCGAGGUGUUUGCUAAUGAUGUGAAUACCGUUGCCUACCCUCCAAUAACUCUGUAUGAGCAGAAUGAGUUCAAUUCCCAUGUUUUUGAAGAUUUCGGAACGAACUAUGGUAGGUCGGGUAGCUUCGCUUUUUCCCCUAUUUUGUGCAGCUCUUUGCGGGUUUAAUUGAGGUCUAAAUUUUUAAUCUAGGACAAGACGACACUUGGGGAAAAGUCAGCAUCCCAGAACCUCGCGGACGAGGCCGAGGCCAUCCCUACGCGCGUCCAGGAAUCAAUAAUGAUCACAAUAAUUUCGGGUAAAUAACUAAUUUGACCAUGAGGCUCCGUCAUCAAAAAUAAUCAAUAAUGACAAUGAAGCCAGAGGUGCAUUUCAUGUUUGUCUUCGCCAAUCAAAUACCACUAAACUCGGUAAAAAAAAUUUGCUUAAAUUAUCUAACUGCUUGUCUGUAGUACUGUCUAAAUAUGUAAUGAUAAAAUUAAACUUGUUAAAUUCACUAAAUAAAUACCAUAAUACCUCUGUCAAUAUCCUAAUUAUGGAUACUUCGCCUUUUUUACUUGAAAUAGGUUUGUUAGCUAACUUUAAUACUGUCAUGCGUGUGAUUAUAUCUUGCCUCAAUGAGUAGUAAAGUUAAUUGGAAUAAUACCCGUGGAAUUACAUGUUUUUAACUCAACUAAAUUUUGAGAUCGUCGUUUCCUUAUUUUAACAGGACCGGUAAAGUGCAGACUGUCAGUAUCUGGAAAUAUCCAUACAAUGCCAAUUUUAAUACAUAAAACUAAUUUCCCAUCCAUCUCCAACUUGUAAGGUUAAGUCGUAAUAUCUACUCUGCUGUAAAUAAGUAAAUUUUAUGUUUCACUGACUUUCAUAAAGUCUUGUUGCAUUUAUGCGUUUCUCGAUAGUUCAUGCGUCAGAGAUCCUCCGUAGAUUUUCUUGCUUGGGUCUCGGUAAUCUGGUUUAAUGUUGAUUAACAUGAAAGGCUUUGUAUACGCUGCUGAUUCAAACCCAAUUUCCUUCGCUUAAUCACAUCGCCAUGUAAAUGCAGUGCGGACAGUGGUUGCUGGAUUAUCAACCACUAUUCCGUUAGUUGUAUCACACUUCAAAGUACACAAAGUCCCCACUGGUACUACUGUGACUUGCGCAGUCAGUUAAUUAGUUUCAAAAGUUAGUUUUGUAAUGUACUAGCUGUUUCGUUAUAGUGCUAGCUAGUAUACAAAUGUUCCUAAACUACUUACAAGUAGUACUGAAUCGUCUAGUUUGUUUCAUAGUAUUUUUUAUUACAAACUCGGUUAAUGAUCAGAUUUUAGCACUCAUAUCAAGAAUAACUAACUCGUAAAAUGAACCCUCAAAUUCCAUUCUGGGUGGUUUUAUCAGGUCUUAUUGGUAGCUCAGUAUUAAAGAAUGUCAAGUGACGUUUGUUCAUGUUUGCAUAAUUAUUCCUACGGAGGUCCAGUUUCUUCACCGAUUGACCUAAUUUCAGUUCAGGUAGGGCAUUCCAAUUAUUUACCACUCGGUGGAAAAUACAGGUUCCCACUCUGCGUUCGGUCGCGGUUGUUACACAUUUUGACCUCGAUGAUUCGUCCUAGAAAGAAUAAAAAGAUGUUAACCUUCAGAUCAUUAUUAAAGAUACAUAUUGUCUAAACCUUACGUUUUGCGAUUAAAAAAUAAGGUAGUUUUAGUCGCUCGUUAUGGUAGUUUGAAAAAUCAGUUACCACAUUCAUGCCCACCUAUUGAAUACACUUAAAUGUCAGCAUCCGUAAUAGGAUAUGGGCUAGCUGCUUCAGUGCAGUAGUCUAAGUGUUCUCACAUAAAUGGAACGAAAUAUUUGGAAGUACUGGACUAAUCGUAGCACGCAAAAACUACUAGCUACUUCAUCGUAGUGUGCAACUGUUUCGUAAUCAUGAUAUACAAUUGCUCGUAGGCUUUUUGCUGUUGCGAUUGUAAGUUAUAUCAAAUCUUUGGGCCCCGAGUUUAUAAUAAACUCAUAAUCUAUCUAAAUCUGAUAGACGAUCAGGGUAAUUAUCAUCAUUGUUCAUUAGUCUGUAAAUCUUUAUAUAUUCAACAAAGGCGCGAUGGCUUAAUCAGUUUUCGUAGUUCAUUGACAGUGGAAAUAAUUGGGUACCUUAAGUAUUACCUUGAAGCACGUUUUUCCAUUCAGAUACUGUUCCAUUUACUCUCAAUCUUUUAUGAAAAGGAAGUUUCUUAUCCCAUCUUUUGCUGUACAUGUUAUUCUGAAGUUGGUAAGCUUCUGUACACGUCGGAUGGUUUGGCAAGAUCUAGGAAUAUUGGGUCCACAGGCACAGUGAGCUGUUCAGUCCUCUCAGUGAUCAGGUUAGUCAAGUGGGUCUAAAUUACGAAUUCCUUGUUAAUCUGGUGUUAAAACUUAAUGAUUCUACGUAUAUGAGCAAAUUAUUCCUGAGUAUUUUUUUGUAGUACCAACCACUGCCAGUUAGACUGGCAAUUUUGUAGUUAGUCGUUAGUUCCAUGCUUAUUAGUCCAUCUAGCUUCAACACUCACAAUCACUCGGAAAUUGAGUUCAGAAGAGCAACGUAUUGGUUAGUUCUGCCAGUGGUCGAGAGGAAUAUGGCAAUGUGGGUGUAUUCAACCACGACCCGGCGAUUUACUAGAUUUUAGACCAUUGAAUCGAUCUUGGGUAACCAAAAUAUUUGGAUGGAAAGAAAUGGGUUCGUUGAACAUCAUAUAUAUUAAGUCUAAAGUACAAUAUAGUACGAAUAAUGACCCUACCAGUACAGAAAUAUAUACCGUGAUUCUAAAUGUAGAGUCCACAGACGUCGUGACCCGUGGAAUCGCUCGCGUUAGGUCUCAUACCUAUCAUUGAAAAAUAACUUGGAAGUAUAGGCUUCCAGGGCAUAACUACUUGAAAACCUUGGUUUUUCAAGAUUUUUCCCCACCAAACUGAAGUCUAACUGAAUGAAGGCCCCUUUUUUUGUACAUACAUCAAGCAGCAGGUUUAGGUGGAUAUACGAGUUCUAGUCAUGAACAUUGUGUACACUAUUUAGUAGUAUACCUGUUCUUCGUGCUACUCAACAGUUCCUGAAAUCUCGAUGGAGUUUUACCAACUGGCUUGCCAAACUUGAUUCAUUUAACACUGCUUCCAGUACAUACUGGAUAGCAGAUUCACGAGCAUGAUGUUUUGUCGACUAUAAAUGCUGCUACUUUUUUGAGUCCCAUAUAAUCAGACUAGUAGAAGACUAAACAUCCAUGUAGUUAGUAUUUACGUUCUUCUGAUUUGACUUUAUUGGACUAUUGCUCUCAGUUACUGGGGCAUGCUAUAUCGCUUUCUUAAGAUCACCCAUUCCAAUAGUGAAUGUUCUGUGUCUUAUUUAAGACAUCUGGUUUCUAGACAAUCAACUUUUUCCUACAGUAAUAUUUCAAGAUGUGCUUUUGGGAGUGUUUAUAUCUCAACGACUGUCAUCGACUUUCUACUUUUACGUUUAAUUUUUGUCUAAACAGCUGAUUUUCUUCCUGGUACUCUGAUGACAUACUUGGUUACUGUGGACGUAAUUGAGAUUAGUUCAGUGAUGUAAACAUCAAUUUGUGUGUCAACAAGACUUGUCAUCACAUUUUUCCUGUUAUCAUUCGCAAUAUGCUUCCGAGCGACAGUUACUGAAUACUAAAACAAAGAACUUGCCAAAUCUUCGUACACAGAAGGUGUACAUAUACGAAGACCUCUUGCCCCUUUUAGUGCUAAAUACGACUCAGUUGAAACAAAAACGAUUGACACUGAUUUGUUAGAACAUCCAAAACUAAGAGAUUUACUCAACGAUUAAAAUACCAUUGUUUUUGAAUGCCAUACGCUUAAGUCCUGUUCAUCAAUUCAAUCCACUUGCAGUGUUCAUUAGCGUAGUUAAUGCAGUUUUUCUACUGCUAGUAAUUACCUCUUACUCAAGCGCCAUAUAUAAAAAUCUAGAAAGCAAACCAAGAGUUCAAGAAAACUAGGAUUUCCACUCUGACUCUCACGUUUUUUGUUAGUCUGACAUUGAGAAAUUAUUUGGAAGUCUACCGGCAUUUUACGUUUGUCCACCAUAAUUUCACUAUCUGAUGUAUUAAUAUUUACUUAGUGAUAAAUAUUCAAAAUGCUGCUCCUUUGCCCUGCUUGUUAAUCUCCCAUCUAUUUUGGUUUGCUCAAGCAGGUUGUAUCACUAGUGUCUCGAAGACAGGUACACAAAUAUGUAACUGUGAGUGUACUCUUAAAGUAAGGUAGCAAUUAGUUUGAUGACCAACAUUUACUUACGGACUUCAGAUCUGUCAAGUCUGUCUUGUUUAUACUUUUCACCUUCACAAAUGGCCUUGGUUGUCAACCAGCGCAUAAGCACAGCUUGUAAAUUCCAAUAAGAUUUUACCUCUAACCCAGAUAUUUACAUAAACAAACCCUCGUCAAAGCUUUUUUGUAGGUGGUUAAGUUCUUUUUCGUGAUUGAUACAAAAUUCAUUUGGAAGGAAGUAUUUUAAGAUUUAAGCUCAGUUUCAAACUAAACAUAUACUUCCUAUCUGCUGGACAAAAAAGGUCCAAAAUAAAGUUUCUUAAUGGUUUUUUUCCUAGUCUUUGUCUGUACACCUGCAAAAUCAUUCUUUAAGUCUUCUACGAUUUUGUCGCACUAGUUUACUAAAUUCGCCAUAAUCUGUCCGUAGCGUAAGCUGACACAAAAGGCCAGAUAAUUACUGUCGAAAUGUUGCUAAUUGAAAUGUACAGAGCAAUAUGAUGAAAUUUGAUUUUUCAUUCAUUUGGCUACCCAGAAGUCCAUACUACCCAACUUAACAUCCAGUCUCAAAUCAAUUAUAUUAGCAUUUUCUUGCACUUCAUUUCUCGUUCAAGGCUCGUAACAGUAACAAUUUAAAAUAAGUGGUAGUCAGUAUCAUAAUAUACGUUAAGCUUUAGCUGGAUGUCACGUGCUUGAAUAUUCAUCUAUUUAGAUUCAUAACUGCGACUAAGAUAGCUUAGUAUCUAUGUUUUAGAAGCGAUCUCAUCUUUUCUUUACAAUGGUUGGAGUGCAUUCAUGGUAUUGCAUCUCUAAUUUCGUGAAAUCCACAAUUUGUAGAGUGAGACGGACAAAUUCUUAGACUUACACGAUAAAUUUUAUUCCCGUAUUUAAUUAACGUACGGUUUGUGUCCUAAUAAAAUUAUCACAAUUUCCAGGGAAAAAACGACGAUAGAGUUGUUAGUUUAAGCAUUCUUGAUACAUAUCACUCCAUUUUAAAGAACACUUUCUAAUUAACAUUAGUAGAUUAUUAUUAGUAAUUUUACAAAACCGUUCUCGAUUGAUAAUGCAAAAUAACCUCAUGAAAAAGUGACUCUACUUGUGCUUCUGUUAAGUUUAGGUGAGUGCACACAAAACUGAACGUAGCUAAAAUUUCCUUGUAAACACUACUAGUUAAGAAAUUAUGACAAACAACUCAGUUCCCUGUUCUAGUUGAUAACUUCGUACCAACCCAUUACUUUUACCCAAUGACUAAAAAAUUACUUUCUAUAAGGGAUUGCUAUAGGUUUUCUUCUCCAUAACUGCGUAGCGUAAUUUCUUUAACUAUAUAUGCCACCAUUUCAGCUGCGUUCUGCAACGUGUUCGUGGGUCUGCAUAUAUAAGUUAGCUCAGAGAAGACUGUCAUAUUCAUAAUUAUUCGAUAUCAGUCUUAUGUUUCUUUCGUUAUUGUUUUAGUUUAAUAACAUCAUCAAUGGUCUGAUAUAGUAAAAUCCGAUUUUUCUCAGUAAAAACCUUCAUGGACGCGAUAAUUAUGCAUAGUUCUUCGAGAUCUACAGUGAUAUCACAGAAAUCCCACACUUAUAUUUUACACAUACCCCAAGUUUGUGUUUAGAUAUAUUACUAUGGGGAUCUGUUCAGUGAGUGUUUGUAGCGAUUAGUUUUUUUUCAUGAUGAGAUGACCUGUGGUUGCAAUCAAAGCAAAUGUUCUUUGUAGAAAAAGUAUUUUAGCUAUGUAUCAUGUAAGACUUCAUACUGGAUUUGGAUUCCAAAUAUCAUCAAACUACGCUUGACGUGGUCUCAGUCAUUCAUUUGAACAAACUUGGGUUUACUUUCGUUUGGAAGUUUAAUUUCUGAAGAUCGAAGGUGCUGCUUUGUCUGUACCACCUGAAAAUACUAUCAAUUCAUUAGAUGAAGAAAAACUUAACUUUAGCAAAGGUAACUCGGGCUUUACUGAAUGUGCACAUACCAUUCACAUUUAUUGACAACUUAAUCUAAAGUGUUCUUGAAUUGUCAACGUUUAACUGGAUUAGUUUUGGCGUGACCGAGUCCAAUACCUAGCUAUAUAGCACAAAAAUGUAUCAAUCAGUCAAAAUGUAAGAACUGACACUAAUACCCAACAGCUUCAGUUGUUAAUUCAUGUAAACACAACAAGAAAAAGAAACUGAGAGUUAAAAUACUAUGCAAAAAUUUAACUUAAGAAUGCUGAAAAUAAAUUAUUUGACAGAUCUGAAGUGUUAUUUAUUUACAGAAAGAUCUGGAGUGAAUACGUUCGCUCCGGUUUUCAAUCAUAUAAUUUAAUAUUUCAAACCAUGUGAAUUGUUUAACUUUCCUUUAGUUAGCUAUUGUAAAUUAUUAUUAUCCAAGAGUAGGAGGACUCGAGAAGUACUAUGCUUCUUACUAUUUCGUAUCCUGCUAAGCAAUCGGCCUUAUGUCCAACGUCAGUGCACUUCGGUGCUGUCGGGGAAGUUGUUCAAACUUGCGUAUUUGUCAGAAAGUACUUUUGCAAAACGAUGAGAUCGAGUUUUUAAAGUAGCAGGUAAUCACACCGUAACAAUCUUAGUGAAUCAGAUGUUGGUCUGAGUUUAAAUGAAUAAAUAAUAAAAUAAUUUCAUUAAAUUAGCUUGUAUUUUCAUCUGGUGAGAUUGCAGUAAUCAGUUACACACUUGAGUUUGCCGAAUCUGAAUAUACGAGAAAAUAACCAGAAUAAUGCUUACAAAUUUGUUUGAUCCUUGUCGCCGUUGGGAAUGCUGAAUGUCUUCAAAUGUCCAAGCACCCAGUAAGAAACAAUUCGUUGCAUUUUUAUAUUUGUUACCAUAUGACCAAAAUAUUUUCCAAGAAAAUGUCUCCUAUCAUCCGCAUUUACAAACAAUUGAUUUACACAACUCUUCUUUAGUUUAUAUGUCGGUAUUUUUCCAACCCCUUUUGUUCAUUUAAAUUGUAAAUCCGAAAACUGAAUAUGUUUUUCUCAUUCCAGCAUUGUUUGGGAGUUACUGCCUAUAUUGAGUCUGAAUCAGUAAAUGCUCAAUUUCUUUUUUGACUAGCAUCGAUUGUCCAAGAGUUAAAUGUUACCUUGUUCUCACCAACACAUUUUAUUAUUUCAAAUUACCUUUUUAACUUUCUCCACUCAAUGUGUUUUGUUUUUCCUCUUUGUAUAGAUUUAUUAUAGUCUAUCUGUAUCAAUUACAACUGAUUUAUUUGCUUCAUAAGAUAAAAUACAAUAAAAUAAUGUGGUUUCUAACCAAAAAUUGUUCAUUUAUCAAUAGAGUCAACCCGUUUAUUUUCAGAAUUUCACCUUUUUUAUUUUGAGUUCUUUUAUCGUCAUGUAGAGUAUGUGGUCUGCUGUUUGCCAUGAACUACUGUUCUAGUCACAUGUAGUUGAUAUAAGUCAUAUUACAAAUAAUUGUAUAUUUUUGUAGUAUCGCGUUACGUAACAGGGCUUUUUAUUAAAGUUUUAAAUAUCUGUUUGGACAACCUUUUCAUUUCUGACUCCGUUUGCUUUAACCUGAUAGUAUUAUUUUAAUGCAGUAAUCUAAAGUAACUUUUGUGGUCAACGUCAAGUCACAUCUGUUGUGCGAGAGCUAGAAGUACUGACUGUCUCUCUGAAAAAACAAAUUAGAAUUUGAGUAUGGUCCCAUAAUUUGGUGACUAGAUAUGUAAAGACAGUCCUACUGUUUACCAGUCAGGAGUUUGUCUCCGUCGUUUGAAGAGAAAAAUAACCAGCAUUCUCAAACAUGUAAAUUUGCAACCUGUUUUCAGCGAUAUUAGAUUAUUUGGUAGAUGAUUACUUAUUCCAACGAACCAUCUUAAUUUUUCUAAAUAUUCAUAACACUUUUGACUUUGUUCCAUAAGGUGCCUUUCUAUAGUUCGACUACUCUAAAUUUGUGGUAAUGUCAAUGGCAUGGAAUUCAUUAGUUCAAUCAUCAGGAUUUUUUGUCUAAAUACCAUCCUGUGAGUACCAUUCCGGGAUCGCAGAUUAAUAUCACUCUCAGUUUACAAGUCAGGCAUCAAUGUUAAUAUACUAACAUUGUUGGAUGUUUAGAAAAAUGUAAGGACUCAGGAAAUUAACAAUUGCUAAUCGUUUAAUCUUUUUUUCUUCACUAUCGCACACUAUAAUUCAUAUAUUACCGGGAACAGCAUCGAAAUGCAGUACUCUGCAAUAGAUUUCUCACAUACAGGCCGUCGUGAGUUUUCAUGGUAAAACGGACUUCGGAGUUGACUUGGUAUGCAAAUAACUUAAGUCACUUCCUGACCUAAAAAUUUGUGUACUAAUAAAUUAAAAAGAAUGUCUUAUGACAUCAUUUCUUAAAAGACGGUCGACAUUCUCGUAAUUUCCCUGGGAAACAAUAAAGGUAGUUAAACAACGACGGUAAAAUUUGAUUAUUACUUUUCCCUUAUAUGAUGGAUAUACUUCUGAAAUAACUACCGAAUAACCAUUUUUACCUCUUAGGUACACACCAGAUCUGCACUUCAAAUGUGCAUGUUAAAUAGAAUCAUUUUAUUCUUGUUUACACCCAGCGGGCUAAUUUUAAUUUCUGGUAAAAUAACCUCUAAUUCUUGUCGUCUGCAUUAAAGACGACAUAAGGGUUGUCACUAAGCCCUACUACAUUACUACUCAGGCAGUUUACAACUGUUGCCUACCAUCAGAAGAGUCUUACCUUUGAUUAUCUGGCCACUAAAAAUACUGUAGAUAGACGUAAAUUGAACUAUAAUUCUCCUUUGUUUGAUUUAAAAAUAGUCCUAAAAUAGAACUACAGAUCUUGAUAAAGGAUUCACCUCUCUAUUCUUAUUAGAUGAUUAAGGUAGAGAAAUAUUUUUACUUUUCAGUUAAAUUGAUCAUCCGUAUUUGGUACCCCUUUGUACCAAUCUUUAUGUGUGAAAAUAAAUUGAGCUGCUGUUUCAACGACGCAGUGAUACUGUUACUAUCUAAAUAGUGAUGUGCUCGUUGAGGAACUAGACUGUCGUCUAUACCUAACGUGUUGCAGCUGAUAUAUACCACGUAAAAAUACGAGACUUUUGUCGGUCCGGGCUUAAACUAAUUAAGUAAUGGCUAUAUGAUGAUUUUGACAUCAGUUCUCCACGAACUCUACACAGGUCACUUUUUCAUAACGUGAAUUUAUGGCACACCACUCAAAUUUCGUUACCUUUUAUCCCUCAGGUUGUGAUGCAAAGCGCUACAACAGUAUGUCUUUUGUUCUUCCAUGUUAUUUGGCAAGUGAGAUGAGAUCGAAGAUGAAAUCUCAAUUUCGAUUUUCAAUUUUGGAUAUCCACUUAGUGAUAUCAGGUUGGUCACAUCAAAUCCGUUCAAUGAAAACCUUUGUAAAAUUUAUGUUUGAUGUUCUUAUCUAUCAGCUCUGAUCACGUCGAAAUCAAGAGAUUUAGUUAGUAAUUACGGGUCUUCUCUUUCUCCUCACAGGACUAAUUCUAUGAACAGUACAUGAUUUAUCAAUAUUUAACAUUUAUUUCUUAUUGCCCUUUGUCAAAAAAUAUUUUUCUUGAACUAGGAAAUAGUCGACAAGUUUUUCUGUUAUAUCUCUCCUUUCAUUUUUUUACAUCAUGAAAAGCGGAGCCCCUACCAUGUUUAUCAUGUUUGCUUAUAGAGAAACUAGUUUCAUUUUAAGGUUUUCUAUGUUGCAACACUGACGGUAAUAAUUCAUCUUUUUUGAGCUAUUUCAUUAAAAAAUUUCGCACUAAACGAUGUCUGUUAUCUAAAAAUGUUUGUUAGUUGUUACUUUAUAUUAGUAUUGUUAUGGUGUCAAUCACAAAUAAAAAUCAAGGUCGUUAUGUAUAUCAGUUAGUUUCUAAGUGCUUGAAUAUCCCGUUGCCUACUGUUUUACAUAGUUUUUGUUCUCCAACCGUUGUUGAAUAUGGUCUUUAUAUGAGAUAUACUCAAGUUGAAAUCACGAAUAAGUUACGAUAUACAUUUGUAUAAACUCUUAUCCCUAUGUUAUUAGCUUUUUAUACAUUGUGCAACUAAUAAAUUCAUAAAUAGCUUUCCGGAUAGUAGUGAGGGUCGCAUUUGAUAUAUCGCACUACAGUCGUUACAGUUUCUAGGAUUUAUUUUACCGUGGUCAUUUUUCAUUGGAUAUGGUGCAGCUUUGUUCACAUAACUGUUGAAGUUAAACUUCACUAUUCAUGUUAUGCGUGUGUAUGCAGCAUAUUUUAUCCACUUUUUCUCGAAGUAUAAAAUAACUGUCAAAUGUAGCUACUGAUUGAAUUUCUUGCGUUUCCAGGUUUUUUCGAUGUCCUCUUCAGAUUCUACUCAUUGUUGCCCUAUGUACAAAUACUAUUCCCAGUGUAAAUAUGUGUUUGCACCGUUUGAAUUUAGCUUUAUCGUUAACCUUUUUCUAGUUAGUAAUUCAUGACCGUAAAGAUAUGAUAAACCAAUCAUCCUUAGUUGUGUAUGCCUAUAGAACAACCCCAUUUCCGUCCUUUGUACAAGUUGGGCGCUUUGAAUAUUCAAAAACCUUAUGGUCGAGGUUAGCGCCUAGUCGUUUUACUGCUUCAAUAACUUUUCAACAGAAAACUGGUCUUCUGACAGUCUAGAUUUUUGUGUUUACUAAACCGAAUUAAAACUAAAUUUCCUAUCGCUUUUUCGUAAGAUCUAAGGCUCGGUGAGUGGCCCAGACAGUUACCUGUCCCGCACACAGACUAUAUAGUAAUAACAAUAAUGGUAUCUAUCCACCCUUUGAUGCGUAUUACUCAUACAAUUGUGAGAAACGUCUUUGACUGAGAUUAUCUGUUUUCGUUGCAUUUUGCUUAACCAAACUGCUUCUCCCAUAUUAUAAUAGUUAUUUUGAAUCUCACACUGAUUUCUAUUCAUUUUUGUCUUUUUAUUGUACUCGUCUAUCCUUUUCUUCACAACCUCAUUUUCAUUAUGGCGCUUAUAUAUUUGUAGCCCCUUUGUACCAAUGUUUUGUGUUAAGUAAAAUUGUGUAUCUACUAUCAUUAUAAAACUGAAUAAAUGAACCAUGAUAAGUAUCUAAUAGCUAGCGUUAAAGUUUUUAAGCCGUUCUUCCAGUUUCAAAUGCUAAUCGGGAAAGUUUGAAAAACUACUUACCUUUGGCAAAUGACAUUGAAUGGGUAGUGCGUUCAUUAAAAGUGCGCUGUCUCAAAACAUUGAGUACAUCUAAAUCAUGCUAAUUGAGCAUGUUUUGAAAUAUAAUUAAUUGUAUGCCGAGCUUAGUUAGCAUUUCGUAACAGUAAUUCACAUGUUUAUAUAUUCUUAGGUACAAUUUUUUCAUAUAAUGUGAGGUAGUUGAGUACAUAAGCCUAAAUCAUUUAAUAUAUUAUCCUAAACGUCUCAAAGAGAUAAUCACAUUUCUUACUAGGUAAUGAAAUGUGCUGAUACUCUCUAUUUGUGGUGCAACUGUUGGACAUGCACAAAAAGAGCUGGUUAUGUGUUUGUUUUAACUACAUUAAGACUGUCUUACUGUUUCUGAUCCUGAUAUUUUUAAAAAAAUUAAUGAAGACUGACUUUUAUAAUCCAUACGCAAACAUGCAAAUGUAAUCACUGCUUAUAUCUUAAAUCUUGGAAAGUUUUCGAGUUCUUUUCAGUGUCUGUUUUAAUUUCAGUCAUGUCAGUAUUUACUAAAUAUUACGGUAUGAUUCAUUGUUCGAGAUUAUAUUGUUGCUGGAAAUUCCUCCUUGUCUUUUAGACUGCAAUGGAAACCAAAAACUGAUCACACUUUCAUGUCACAUAUUUAUAAAAGCUUAACGCUUGAAAUUUAUCUUCUCGAGGAAUCGUUAUUUCAUCUACAUAUCGGAUUUUAUUUUCUUAAUACAAUCUUGUAAAUUAUUUGAAAUUUAUGGUCAAAGGGAAUCUAUGGUUCAGAAAUAUUUAGAUUUUCAUUUUAUAGCAAAACCACCAAUAUAUUAAUGUGCGUACUUUUUCAAGUUAUACUCGUUGAAAGUAGAUCUAUUGGUUUUCAAGGUCAUAUCCAGAUGCAAGGCUGUAUAGUAUUGGUGUGCACUGUUUGUUUGUCAACUGCUAAAAUGUAAAAUACUUAAAUUGACAUGCACUAUGAUUGGUAUUGAAAAUGAUUUCUAAACAUACGAUGAUUUAAAUUAAAGCUUUUCUGAUUUAACCAAUAUUUACGCUAUGACAAGAAUUCACUAGAACCUGACCAAAGUUUUAACAGGUUUAUAAUUUUCUUCUUAGUUUCAUUGGGUCGCCUGCUAUUGAAGGUUUACUGUUUUAUAUAAAGUGAUUGCUGAUUUCCCAGAAUAUUAUCUUUUCGAACAACUUUAGUUUUAAGGAAGUAAUAGUUUCAAAGAUCUGUUCAUUUUCUUUGUUAUUGAUUAUUUGAAUCCUAUUUACAAAAUAUUUCUAAAAUUUAAACCUGAUAUUAUUUCAAUUGUUUUUUAUUGUAUAAGGGUUGAAAUAUUGUAGGUAGAAACAUCCAAUGUAAAUCCUACUAAAAAUUCAAAAAUUGAGUUAUUCAAUGAGUUGAAUCAACAGGACUUAUUUUAUGUACUUAUCUCACCUUACGUUAUAUUUGGUUAACGUUUUCAUCAGUUUGUCCUUAAAAAUUAUCUGUUUUCUAGUUUCCUUAUUAUCUAACUUUUACGUAAAUUUAAAAUACGAAUGUUUAUAUCCCGUCGAAUUUAUUUAAACGUUUUCACCGAACACUUGCAAAUAUGAAUGUUAGAGUUUGGUUGUUUUGCUUAUUGACUUUUUGGAUUUCUUUUAUGCAAGUUUUUUUUCUAACCAGACCAACUAGUCUCUUGAAGAGUCCUGACAUCUUCAAAUGACCGGCUCCAAUAAUUUUGAUAUUCAAACUAACCUACCUAUAAGCCUACUGUUUCAGGCUUUAAUACGAGAGUAUAUUUUGUUCCCACCUAUCGCUCCUUAUCGCUAGUAUAUUUGUAUGACAGUCCAUACUUUUCUUGCGUUCAUAAAUUAACCUUAUCUUCAGGUUUUAAUUAGCUAAACAAUGUUAAAAACUUGGUUUGGGAUUCAUAAAAGCUUCUUCUAUAUUCCGUUCUGCACUUUUAAUUUUCUCAAAAGACUUGAGAAUCUCUAGUGCUAAACAUGUAUAUCCCUAAUACUGCAAUAUCAGUCGAUUGUCAUCUUCAAGCAAACUUAUUUUAAUUGAAACAAAUUUAGUCGUAAAUCAGAAUAGUAAAUAUAAGUUGAUGAAAAAUGUGUGAAACGAACGGUCAUAGAUGUCUACUGAAGUGCGAAAUAAGGACCCGUAGGAUUUUAAUGUAGAUAUAAAGUUGCUAAUCACAAUGAAAAAAAGCAUUUUUUAAAUAACAUCUCUAUUAUUAAAGGUUAUCACUUGAUUAGAGUUUAUGAAAUAUAUCUAUCACUGUACCAUGCCUUCCUCGCUAUUAACUCAAAAUUUCUGAUUGUCGCGUCAUUUCGAGUAAUUAUGCGCAUUUUGAUUGGAUAUUCAAGGUUGGAUUCAUACUACUGGUUGUAUAAAAUUGUAUUUUACUCAAUGCAUCAACAUUUUCGUUUAUGUAGUCAUAAAUAUAGCGAGAAAAGUUUAUAUAUUUUAAAAGCAAUCAAAAUUUACGUCAAGAUGUCGGUAAUAUAACUAGCUGUUGUAAUUGUGUCUCGCUAAAGCUUGUUUCUUCUAAUUCGCUAACAGUCAAAAAAAUAAACAGACCACGUACUUUUUCAUAUAAACAAACUUUAUAGUUCAAUUAAUUUCAACUGAAUCGUUUUCAUAUACGGUGCAUUUUAAUCUACUUCCAUCACCUUAAAUGUCAAAAUUUCGGAUCUUAACAACAUGGGCAGUUAACACUUUAUUGUGGCUCAUUUAGCAUGAAGACUAUUUCUAAAAAAACUCAUUUUUAAUCUAUUUUAUUCUCUGAUCACAAAGACUUUAUUAGUAACAUUUCAACCAACCAAGUAACUCAUCUGUAAGCUUAUAAAUUCAAGUUUUGUAUGUGCGAGUAACAAGUUUUAGGUUUGUCAAUGCAUUCGUAUAUUCACUGAUGUAUUGCGUGUUGCAAUACUGUUGCUUACAUAGUAUUCAAUCAUUCAUCUCAUCUAGGCUUAAGGAUGUAUUUAAUGAAAAUAAACUUUUGUGAUAUCAACACAUUUUUUCUACUUCUGACUGUCUAGAUUUCAGUGCAACACUACAGCUGACGUUCCAAUCAUUGAUUUAUCGCAUUGUGCUACCCACUUUCCAGGAAGUCUGCAUCUACCUUCACAGGCUAGACCAAUAAUUAAUGACUUCACUGACUGAUGUUACGUCUUGGUGUGACCGAUAAUAUCUUCCUGCUCACCCCUUACUACUUUGCUGGACAACACUGCGCGUUCAGACAGGCGUUGGUUGAAUUAUGUGUUCUAUCUGAAGUUCGCACUGAUGAUUUCAAAGAAGAGAGCAAAAGCUUUAUGAAUACAACUGUUAAUUCAGAGAACGCAAUUCCAACAUAAUAAUUCCACUAGGGCUAAAAAAUUUCUCUCUUAACUCCCGUUUUAUAAAUUCAUUUCUGUGUAAUGAGUUCAAAGUAUUGUUUUACAAUAAGCUUGUAACUCAGUUCAAUGAACUCGAGAAAAGAAUAAAUAGGUUAGAAAUAAACUCAAAGCCUUCCAGUACACCUAGCCAGCAAAACAGAAACUUAUAAAUCCGCUUCCCUAACGUGUGUCACUGGUUAGGACUUUGGGUAUUCAUAAUUCUUUUAGUUCAUAGUUAACUAAAACACUUUAAAAUCUUUUAUUUAAGUUUCAGUAGAAUAAAAAAAUAAAUCAGUUUUGGUCGUAGACAUUGUAUGAAAUCUAGGUUUAAUAGUGGAGUGCUUAUAAAGUUUAAAAUUUUCUUUAUUUGUUAUCGAUCGCUCAAAUUCAUGGUGAGAAAAUAACGAUCAUAAAAGAAGCUAAAGUCUUAUGUCUCUGUUGACCUAUAUGGUAAGAUGCAUUGAUUUUUCGUGUAAAGAACCAUAAGUUCAUAUUUCACUCUCAUUUUUUUGGCAAAGAUCCAACUUACGGCAUGUGAUUAUAUGAGAAUUACUGUCCAAAAUCUAAAAAUGUAAUAGAUUCGUAUGCUGUCACCCACGUUAUUGAACUGUGAUGUGCAUGCAGUCAUUCAACUAAAAGAAGUUUCUAGGUAACUGUGAAACAAAAAUGUCCUUAAGUGCUGCAUUGACAUGUAUUUAAAAAAAUAAUUGAGACGUUUUAAUGUUUAUGGCUUUAUCAAGUAACAUGUGGAUAAAUGAACUGAAAAAUCUGAUGCAUUUAUUCUCGCUAGUAAGUGACGUCACCCUAUGGUUCUAUUAAUCCAUGUGUCACUUUAUUAAUUGACUACCUCUACUACAUUUUAUUUUUUAUUGUGAUUUAGUUUUUGUUCUUGCUAAACACCAGCGUUUUGACUUAUUUUUAAACAACAAUUGAUCUUUGUUUCAGUGCCCAGUUUUUCUUCCAUUUAUUAGGUAGACUUAUUAUUGUUCAAAUGGAUUCGUAGUCGUUGAAUUUGUAAGUAUAUAUUCAACUUUUAAGUUUGCUUUUCAGUUUCAUUUUUUUGUACUAUAUUUGUUUCUUCGUAUAAAAAAAACUGUUGUCAAUAAUCUCUUUCUGGAUGGAGUAAAUAUGUACUGCACGCUACACAUCACUAGGGUGAUUAAAAUAAGUAGUAAAUUACUGGUUUGAUAUUUCGAAUGUGUAAUUUUGUACCCAUAAAUUACACCCAAAAUGUUAGAUUUCGACCUUACCCUUUACUCAAUAAGACAUUUCAUAGCAUCACUUCUAUCAUCUUCAGCUCAAUCCUUAAUUCAUCUCUUCUGUAUGAUAUUUCAUAACUUUCAGAUAACUGGGUAUUUAAGAUUUAAUGUAUAUGAAUUCAACAGAAACAUUUUGCGUACUUUUUAGCUCAAUUCUUUUGAACUGUUUUAUACAUUGGUUUCACGGACUUUUUCUCAAAUAAAGGUUACUGGAGUCCUUGUGGUUGGAAAAAAUCCCAAAUAAUCUAAUGUAUUAGUCACAAGUACAUUCCGCAAUACAAUGUAGACAAUAUCUUACUGUAGGUGUAACUUCAGAAGCUUAAGUUGCUUAGUAAAGUCAUAUAUUUUUUAUACUAAAUUUUCACGUCUUUUAUGAAUUCAGUAAUCGAUUGUUGUAUUUCUUGACAAUUUAUGGAGAUCUACAAAAUAAAUCAAUUUUGGGUUCAUUAAACUGUUGGUUUGUCAGUUAACGAUUUCCUUAAGUUGAAAGUCCAAAUAAAUUUAAUGUAUUGACUGUCAAACUAGUGUUUUAUCAUUUCCGGAUAACUAGUAUGUCCGUUACUAUAAAUUUUGGUGUCUAUUUUUCAUUCACUUUACAUGUGAUUGAUUUCAUUACCCACUCUUUUUCUCUCAGAUAACAGGAUAAUCUUGUUGUAAUCUGCGAUAUCAUAUUUGAUUUUGGUGGUGAAAUCUCCUGACAUACUCAACUAUUUCUAGACAAAGUGAAGGAAAAAUUCUAAAUGCUGUUUUAUGACUAAAUAACCAGUAUUUGAGUUUCUGAACAUAGAUGUUGAAUGCAGUAUCUGCAUUUUCUAACAAUUUAUAUGUACUGCAUUCAAGAAAUUAUAAAAGACCUCUUUCUACUGAAUUUAUUACACAGAAUGAAUAAUCACUUGAAAUAUUGGGUUCUUUGAAUAUAGUCAAAAAAUCGAGUAACCUAACCCACUAUAUUUCACUUUCCCUAAACACCAUGGGGUGAUAAUCUACGACUUGUCGAAAAUAACCUCAAAUACGUAUUCGGAGAACAUAAGUAGCAUACAUUCCCAAUUUAUUAAUAUUUAAAUUUUUUUUAAAAUCAGAUGAUAAAAACAUUUAGAUUAUUCUAAAAUUACUAUACGGGCAAUUUUCCAAUGUUCUUUAUUUCUAUUCCCUAACUUACAAAUAAAAAGCUAUCAUUUCUUAUUCGAAACAUUUCAGUCAAAUGUAUUGAACUAAGGAAUUGCAAACAAAUUCGGUAUUCUUGCUCAUACUCUUAAUAGAAACAACAUCCUUCAUUGUUAGGAAUGCGCCAAUGGGAAUAAAUCAAAACUGUACAUAUCGUCGUCUGGAGUAAUUUUUUUUACAAUUCUGUCUCUGCUCUUUGGGUAGCAUUGAGCUGAUUUCAGCGUGAAAAUGUGCUAAUUUAAAAAACCGCGCAAUUUUUUAUCUCAUGCAUGUUUAUAUGUUUUACUGUCAAAUAGCAUUCAAUGUGACGUGCAAGAUCGCUCAGAAGUAAGGAACUCAUGAAUAAGUCUUCACAUUUGUAAAAAUUCAAAGCAUUUGGACCGUAUUUUAAUUUCCUACUGCUCUGUUUUCUUAUAAUAAAGCAGUCAAUCACGCUCUUUAAAUGGAACCAAUUGACCUGCAUUCUGACAACGGCCUAAAUAUAUUCUUCAAACAUAUAACAUCGAUUGAAUUAUACGAUUAAUCGAAAAACUAGUUCUCAAUCUAAGAAAAAUAAUUUUCCACGUCUUUGAUGUCAACAGGUGUUUUUAUGUACGAAUGUGAACUAACUGGUAGAAAUCUAGGGUCUGUACUGUAUAAUACGAUAAGAAGGAUUCUUCCUAAUUAUUAUCUAUCCCUAUCUAAUUGACGGAUGGAGAUGAAUUACACUGGUGGCGGUAUUGUACUCAGGUUAACCAAUAUAAAAUUAUUUAAUUGAAAGUUUGGCAUCCACAAAGAGGUAUGUUAAUUAUCUGCUGAAAUAUUCAAUACGAUAUAUCAUCUGUGACACAAAUGACUUAGAAAAAUUUAUAUUAUCAAAUGAGAUAUUGAUGAUAAGAAAUAACCACCGGAAUUUCCUCGUCAAACCUUUUAUGGCUAAUCAUGUAUGAAUAAAUAUCUGAUGUUUGCACACCUGAUAUCUACCAUGAAACGAAGUCGUUAAACAGACCUCUCAGUAAAUCCGGACGAGUUCUGUUAUAUAACCGGGAGAACCUCGUUGGACUAUAUUCUGAUGCUAAAUCAAUCAGUACCAGCCGUCUAAUCGCAGUUUCAGUAUGAUUCUUUGAUUUCUAGAUGUAUAUUGGGUUGCAUGUUUCCCAAAUAUUAAUAAUUCUUAAUGAACGCCUGGGUCCCGACCUUAUAUACCAUGGCUCAAUGGAUAGAAGUCUCUUCGAGGCUUCUGGAACGAUGACAGACCACGUCUCUUUUUCGACAGAGUAUUUACUUUUCUACUAAUAUAGCUACUGUGCUUCUAGAAUUUUCUGGACAAGGUUAUGCCAAGUGACAUAAAUGCACACGAUUUCCUGUACAUACCUGGAAUUUGAGUAAAGCAUUUUCCUACUUCGCGCCUUUUCUCUUGUAUUGUCACUUAGAUUUAAUCUGAAAUCACUAAAGGCGGCUAGGGAAUCGGAUCAAUUGGUAGACUUAUCAGAUUUAUUUUUAGAGUUUUUGUCGUCUUUCCAGACAACGUUACGUAUUUAAGGUAGAAGCUGUUGCAAGUUUCAACAUUUGAAUUUGCGUUUGUUCAUGAGUUUAAUACUAUGUAGACAGUUGGUUUUCUAAUAACAGUCAGCACAUAGAUCUUUCUCAGUGGUAGGCCUGUCAAAGUUUCUCUUCGAAAACUACGGUGGAGGUUGUACAUAUUCGUAAAUUGUUGCUAGUGCAGUUAAUAAGUUAGCCUUUAUGAACCGCUUACCAGCACAAUAAUUGAGUCUUCAGUUCAUGAUUUUGUUGAUGAACACAUACAUAAAUUUUGGAUUUUUUGUUUUGCUGGAUAAACGUGAAGUAGUUGAGUGUGUCGACCGCUUCACUUAUCUUGGAAGUCUCAUCAGCCCUUGUGGUUUGGUGUGUGACGAAAUC